AUGCUUACCGCAAUUAUAGGAUGGCUUGGGGAUGAAAUCACAUAUGUCCGCGAUGCAGUCCUUGCAGCGCUAGAAGAUCAACAGAAUCUAAGCCCUGAUGUCCUUACUAUGAUUGUUGGACUACUUGUGGAUGCAAAUAACGAUGUCUGCGGUACAGCAUUUACAAUAAUAACUCAUCAAAAAGACCUAAGCCUUGAUGCCCUUACCGCAAUCGUUGGACGGCUUGGGGAUGAACACCCAUUUGUCCGCAAGGCAGCCCUUCAGGCGCUGCAAGAUCAACAGAACCUACCUCUGGAUGCGGUCAUAAGAUCUGGAGAGACUUUAUACCGCAAUUUGCUCGAAAUUACCUUCGAGUUUAACAACAAUAUUCACUGGUGUAUUUCAGAUGAAACACUGACCAUGACCUUUGAUUCCCAAACCCUUCAGUUCCAAGAUCACUCGAUGGUGUUAGAAGAUAUGCUUUCUGAGGUUCGUCGGUGGUGCGGCCACUUCAAUCUUCGCGACAUCAUGUUUUCCGAUAAUACUCAUACCAGGAAGAUAAGGAGGGGAGUUCAAGUCACAGAUGCCUAG